GCGAGAUGUCACGCCCUGGCGCAUAUAAGCAGCGUGUAAGGGAGAGUGCUGCCAAUCAUACCUGGACAGGACUGUUGCGAGGAUGCAUUCAGGGACGUCCGGAUCGCUCUGCUUCAGUUUGUGGCGGGCGUUCAUGCUGUGUUUGCUGAUAAUAGGAUGCCGGAGCGACAACACUACCUGCACCACUCGGAGAUGCCUGGCGAAGGCGCUGAUGAAACGGAACCUGAAGCCUCAACCACAGGACCCCACCUGUCUCCAUCCAGUUGAGGCCUUCGUUGAUUAUCAAACUAUCGCAGUUGACACCAAGAAGCUGCGGUUGAUUGCCAUGAUAAAGGCUGACAUGGUUUGGAAUGAUCCAGAAUUAAAGUGGAACAGAUCAGUUUAUCCUUUUGACCAAGUGGUGCUGCCUGUAGACAAGAUCUGGAAACCGGAGAUCAGAGUGACCAAUGGAAUCUCCACAACCACACAGCACGGCUCCCACGACCUGGUGGCCGACUUUAAUGGCACUGUUUUCCACUCGGAGAUCAUCUACACAGAGGUCAAUUGUGAGGUCAACCUCUUCAAUUAUCCCUUUGCUUCUGAUGAAUGCCCCCUCGCCUUGGAGACCUUCAUGCACUCAGGCUGUGGUGCUGAGCUGUCGAUCAUCGGGGUGGGUGUGUUAGGUGGUGCCCAGGGAGACUGGCAGACCGACAAUGCGGCCCUGGAAGAGUAUGGAAAUGGUUAUAACUACAUCAGGAUUGCGUUGAGCAUCAAACACCUGAACCCCUUCAUCACCCUAAUGCUGCCCAGCAUCCUGCUCAUGAUGGCCGACGUAGUCAGCUUCGCUCUUCCUCUGGGUGGUGGCGAGCGCAAUUCCUUUAAAGUCACCCUGGUGCUCAGCUUCACCAUGUUCCUCAUCAUCCUGAACGACGAGCUGCCGGGAGUGACGGCCUGCAGCCCCAUCAUCCGAACCCACUUCUGCAUCUGUCUGGUGCUCAUGGUGUUCAGCAUGUUGGUGUCCAUGAUACUCACUCGCGUGGCUAAAGAAGGAGGCCUCAUUUUCGGAUGCUCCAAAUGUCGGCCUGCAGAGAAUGAAGCCUCAAAAGAAGAGGUGCUGGCCGAGGCCAGAGGAGACAUCAGCGUCGUGCAGGUGAACUCCACCAGCAACGAAGAAUCGCUGAAGAAGGUCCUCAAGUUCCUGGAGGCCUCCGAAGCUCAGGACGCAGACACUGCCAAGAAGGAGGCUUUCGCAAACAAAUUGGACAAGAUCUUUUUCUGGUUCUAUUUCAUCGCAACCAGCUGUUAUUUCUGCGGCAUGAUCACGGUGAUGGUGCACUACGACUGCGACGUUAACCAUUUUGAUUUCUUGAAAGAUUAGCCUGACGCUCCGGGCCGCAACUUGAAAUGAACACCCCUCCCUCUGUUAAGCAGUACAAUCCACAUCGCUGGAUUCUCUUUCUUCUUCGCGAUGCAGCAUGAACUAUUUCGCCUGGUUUUAUUUUUUUAUACCAUCUGAAAACGGCUCUUUCAUUGUGAUGUAGUGGCCACUAGGUGGCGAUA